CAAUCAUGUAGGAUGUUUUAAAGUUAAGUUUAGCAUUGAAAACAUGUAUUAGCAAAUAUAUUUCAACUCUGUCCUCUCACAGAUACAAGAUGUCUAUUGGAUUGUUAACAUCAACAAUUCAGGCAGCCAAAAGAAUACGGGAUCAAGUGAAUCCCAUGGUUCAGAAUAUGGGAUCAGGGUUUGCAGCAUUUAUCAAUCCUGAAGAUAAUUACUCUUACCUACAAAAGAAGAAAACUCGGCUAGAAUUAAUUCGUUUGAGUGCUGUUGUGUGUGGAAUAGAGCUUUGUUACGCCGCUGAAACUGCUUUUGUUAGUCCGAUUCUACUGAAACUUGGUGUUCCGGCUCCUCUUAUGUCUUUGGUAUGGUGUUUAAGUCCAUUUUUUGGAGCUGUCUGUGUUCCCAUUUUAGGUUCUUUAAGUGACAAUUGUAGAUCAAAAUUUGGUCGCCGUCGACCCUUUAUAGUUUUAUUAGCAACUGGUAUUGUCAUUGGACUUAUCAUUGUUCCAAACGCGAAAACCUUUGGAAUGCAUUUAGGUGACAAAUCAGACAUAGUGUUUAGCAACGAAACAGCAAAUUAUCACAAUAAUACAUUUGACACUAUUGAUAACACAACGAACUCAGCUCUUCUGCAGUACAAAAUGGAAGCCAACAAAACAGUCGAUGCAACUUAUUUGGAAGAACGAGACGACAUGAUAAGCUCAAGUAUUCACGCAAAUCACAAAACAGGAAUUAUUCUUACAAUAUUAGGAGUGGUUCUGUUGGACUUCAGUUGUGACGCAGCCCAGUCCCCAAGCAGAGCGUAUCUUUUGGAUGUUAGUAUCCCAGAAGAUCACUCCAGAGGACUGAGCACCUUCACCAUUAUGGCGGGACUUGGAGGGUGCUUUGGAUACAUCAUGGGAGGAAUAAAUUGGGAUUUGAAAAACAACGAGGGAUCGUCCUUAGAAGAACACGUACUCGUGGUUUUUACAGCGGUUACUAUUUUCUUUAUAGUGUGUCUUGUUAUUACUUUAACAAGUUUCAAGGAACUUCCAUUGUCACACUUUGAAAAAUCAGUUGAAGAAAUUCAGAAGUCGACAAAAGUGAAAGGAAAAUCCAAGUACGAAAAGUUUACGAACGAGGAGGAUGAUGACAGACUGGAAGACGGAGAUGAAAAAUUAAAACAAUCUUCUACUCCAAUUCACUAUGGAUCUACUGAUGGUUUUCCAAAUAAGACGUCUCAGACGGAGAAUUUACCCAAUGAAAAAGAGUCAAAUGACACCAAAGCAAAACGACCUUCUCCACAAAGUUCAAAUCUGAGUUCAUUACUGAACGAAGUUAAACUAAAAACUUACUUAGUGUCUAUCGUACGAAUGCCUAAGUCUCUGUUUGUCCUAUGUGUGACUAAUCUCUUUUGUUGGAUGUCCCUUGUCUGUUAUUCUCUGUAUUUUACGGACUUUGUUGGUCAGGCAGUUUUCAAAGGCGAUCCAAAGGCACCAAGACUAAGUCAUCUACACAAGCUUUACAAUGAUGGUGUUCGAUUAGGAUCUUUUGGAAUGGCACUGUAUUCUUUGUCUUGUGCUUUUUAUUCUAUGUUUAUUGAGAAACUGGUGGAAAAAUUUGGAGCAAAGUGUGUGUAUAUUGGAGGGCAGCUUGUCUACUGCAUUGGCAUGAUCAUCAUGGCGGCCACUCGAAGUCGUGUUACUGUCAUUUUGUUUUCACCCACUGCUGGUAUUAUGUACGCCACUCUAUUCACAAUGCCCUACAUGUUAGUGGCUAAUUACCAUACAAAGGGACAGUUUUCAGCAGAACCUUUGACAGAAAGCAACAUCCGGGGAUUAGGGACGGACCUCGCCAUCCUCAGCAGUAUGGUGUUUGUGGCACAGUUUGUUCUCUCAGCGUUCGUGGGGUCAGUGGUGGACGCCACAGGAAGUACUGUGGCGGUAGUGGUGGUAGCAGCAAUACUCAGCUUUCUUGGCGCGGUGUCUGCUACUCAAGUUCUCUAUCUAGAUUUAUAA